AUGCUAGUUAUUUUCAAAAAAUGUCCCCACCCAAUCAUCCUCCCUGCAUUUCUGGGACUAUUAUUUGGGCUAGCGAUAGAUUGUGUCUCCACUUUUCUGCCGCAAUGGACAAACGAUGGAUUGGGAAUAGCUCCAUAUGAAGGGAACUACCUAACCUCUGAGACAUGGGCGUUAUGGACAUUCAUCAUGAUGGCUGCAUCUAUAGGCGUUGGUAUUCUCCUGUUAGCGUUUUCUCUGAUAUUCGUAUUCCAUCUGGAACGACGUGGAUUUACCUAUUUGAAUCGGGUAUUCUUUAUAGUCCUCAUGAUUUUUACAUUUUUCAAUGGACUGAUCAUUCUUGGUGCAUUUGUGUUGUUCGAUGAGGGUAUAUGCUGUCAUUUGAAGGGUCAUGGGAAGCUUACGUUCGGAAUCUCGAUAUAUCUCAAUUGGGGUGCUGCUGCAUGCUACCUUCUGUCAUCUGUAAUUUUGCUGCUGUUUGUCUCGAAAUUCUAUCAUCCCUAUCUUCCAAAUCAUUUUGUGGAUAAAAAUAAUACUUGGAUGUGA